UUUAUUUUUUUUUUUAACUCCAUAGUACUCUCUAUAAUAAUUUUUUUCAAUGUCUGACAAAAACGACGUACAAAUUAACAAAAAUCCAAAUGACUGGAUUAUUUGGAUUGAAAAAGCCAUUUCUGAAAAUGAUAUAAAAUAUUAUGAAUACGAACAUUUUCAUAAUAUUAAAAAAAUUGGUAAAAAUGUUUGUCGUGCAAAUUGGAAAAAUUCGGAAAAAUGUUUUGUACUUAAAUCCUUUAACGCUAACAGCACAAAUGUAAAGGAAAUCAUCCACGAGCUUGAACUUCGUCGUGAAGUUGAUUUAAAUAAAAAAAUUAUUAAAUUUUUUGGUAUCACUGACAAAGAAAAUCUAAUUGAUCAAACUAAGAAAUGUUUACUUGUAAUGGAGUAUGCUGAUGGUAGUUCCCUUCGAAGCUAUUUAAAAGAAAAUUUUAAUAAUCUUACUUGGAAAGAUAAACAUGAAAUGGCAUAUCAAUUGACAUGUGCUGUAUUAUUUUUACAUGAUAGAUGGAUCGUACAUUGUAAUUUGCACCCUGGCAGUAUAUUAGUUCAUCAAAAUACUAUCAAAUUAGCCGAUUUUGGAUUUUUAUCAAAAAGAAUUGAAGAAUCUAAUAAUCAACGAUCGAGUUCAUUCGAUAAAAUUCCUUAUAUUGAUCCAAAAUGGUUAAAUAAUAUUAAUAUAAUAAAGCAAUCUCCAUUAAAUGAGAAGAGUGAUGUAUAUAGUAUUGGUGUAUUAUUAUGGGAAAUAUCAAGUGGUAGACUACCAUUUAAGGAUGAACCAUUUGAUACUGGUUUGGUUAUGCGAAUCUUACAAGGUUAUAGAGAGACGAUUGUUCAAAAUACUCCUCUUGAUUACUCUAUUCUUUAUACAGAAUGCUGGGAUAAUGAACCAGAUAAUAGACCAACAAUGGAUCAAGUAGUUGCUAAAUUAAAAGAAAUUAUUACAAAAAACAAAACGAUAACACAGAAACCUAAACUUAAUUUUGAUUAUGGUAAUACAUCAAAUACAAAUGAUUCAUCGAAUGAAGAAUUAUUUCAAAUUAUUCCAAAUUUUAAUAAAAUUAAUAUAAAGGAAAUCGAACCUACAACACAAAAUAUUCAUGGAAACAUUUAUGAAGAGGAUUUAAGUAUUAUUAUUGAUGAAUUAGUUAAACUUUAUUUUAAGGAAGUAAAUGAAGGAAAAGAAGAAAAAACAAGAAGAAAAGAUGUUUU